AUGGCGAAAAGCAGUGGUUUUUUUAAAAAACACUGAAACGGACUGAAGUCGUCCCCAUCAAACUUCGCCACUUUAUUCCUAUCGACCUAAUAAUUUUUCCAUUUGCAGUCCUCCGGCUUCGCAGGAGUUGUCAAUUCCUUUUUAGUUACUUCUCUUUCUCUGGACAAAACGGAUAUCUCUCUUCUCUCUCUAUAAAUCUCUCCCACAAAAUUGAGCAUUCUAUACUCAUCUGCUCCAAUGGCUUUCUUCCUCCUCCGCUUCCUAUCGCUGCUCUUCCUGACCACUGUAUCAUUGCUCUCUGCGCUGCCAGAGAACGCUUUGGUCUCCCAUCUUCCCGGCUUCAGCGGAACCUUUCCGUCGAAGCAUUACUCUGGGUAUGUGACUAUUGAUGAGAAGCAUGGGAAGAAUCUUUACUACUACUUUGUGGAGUCGGAGGGGAAUCCGGUGAAAGAUCCUUUGGUUCUUUGGCUCAACGGGGGGCCAGGCUGUUCUAGUUUUGAUGGCUUCGUCUAUGAGCAUGGUCCAUUCAAUUUUAAACCAGGGGUGAAAGCUGGAAGCUUGCCUGAGCUGCUGUUGAAUCCCUACAGCUGGUCUAAGGUUUCUAGUAUUAUCUACUUGGACUCUCCUGCUGGUGUUGGUUUGUCAUAUUCACUUAAUAGGUCAGAUUACAUUACUGGAGAUCUUAAGACUGCCUCUGAUUCUCACCAAUUUCUUUUGAAGUGGUUUGAGCUAUAUCCAGAGUUCCUUGGAAAUCCAUUUUAUAUAUCUGGAGAAUCAUAUGCUGGGGUAUAUGUUCCCACCCUUGCUGCUGAGGUUGCUGUAGGGAUAAAAGCUGGAAUUAAGCCCACUAUAAACUUCAAGGGCUACAUGGUUGGAAAUGGAGUCACUGACACAGUAUAUGAUGGUAACGCUCUUGUGCCAUUUGCUCAUGGAAUGGGUCUCAUAUCAGAUGAUAUGUUUCAGGGGACUAAUGCUGCAUGCAAUGGAAGUUAUUGGAAUCCAAAUAAUCAAUUAUGUGAAGAAAAGCUAAGCGAAAUUGAUUUUGACCUUCAGGACCUGAACAUAUAUGACACUCUUGAACCAUGCUAUCAUAGUACUGCAAGUUCUCAUGUCUCUCAGAGAAGAAAAUUGCCAUCAAGCUUCCGUAGGCUUGGUGAGACCGAUAGACCUCUUCCAGUGAGGAAAAGGAUGUUUGGUCGUGCGUGGCCUUUGUGGGCUCCAGUCAUGGAGGGGCAUGUACCAACAUGGCCAGAACUUGGAAGUCAGUCUGUUCCAUGCAUGAAUGACGAGUUCGCGACUUUAUGGUUGAAUGAUGAAGAAGUAAGAAGUGCACUGCAUGCUCAGCCGAAAAGUGUGACUGGUCCUUGGGAACUAUGCACUGAUAAUAUAGAUUUCAGUCAUGAUGCUGGAAGCAUGAUCAAGUAUCACAAGAACUUGACAGUCCAAGGCUAUCGUGCACUAAUUUUUAGUGGUGACCAUGACAUGUGUGUGCCCUUCACUGGUACUCAAGCAUGGACAAGGUCACUGGGAUAUAAAAUUACAGAUCCAUGGCGGCCAUGGUAUAGUGGAGGACAAGUUUCUGGGUUCACUCAAGGCUAUGACAAAAACCUCACUUUCCUCACAAUAAAGGGUUCGGGCCAUACGGUUGCAGAGUACAAGCCAGAGGAGGCAUUGGCCUUCUAUAGCAGAUGGCUGGCUGCUGCAGCUAUCUGAUAACUCAAAUAGAUUUUUCAUUUUACUUUGUGGAAACAUUAUCUCCUGCAAAUAUGUCCUCCUGAUUUAUUGAAAUGUAAUAAACCAUCUUUUUUAUGAUA